GCUGCGUGGAAACGUGGAGCAGGAUCUGAGAAACAAGAAUGGAUUACCGCGAUUGGAGUCCUCAGAAUCCACAGACUCAGGUUUUGCUGUGGAUUCUCCCAAUCUUGUGACCUCAACUGACUCUGUGGAAGACAUGUUUGAGAAAGAAAUUCUCAAAUCCAGCAGACUGAACCUUCGAAUUUCUUUCAGGAGAAUACAUUCCCUGCCACAAAGCCUGUUGGGAACUAGCCCUGCCCUGAAGAGAAGUAAUUCUGAUUGUCUGGAUGAUGGUUUUCAGACAUUGAAUCAAGAUGAAUGCAAGGAAAAUGAAUCAUGUGAGUUUAAGAAACCAACCAAACCAGCUUCUCGUUCCUUCCGUGAUGGAAAGGGUGUUCUUGAAGCAAGGCAGAACUCAUCUCCAGCUCAGGGAAUUUCUGUGGAUGAAAUACCCUCAGCUGAACAGGAGAACUACAGGCCAUCCCUCAUGCAGCAACAUUCCCUGACCUCCUCUGAGAGCGAGGAUGACGAUGGAUUCAUGGAGCUGUUGGAUGACCAGAAUUUCAAGAACAAUGAGGAGAUGCCAGCUGAUGUGGCAAGUCUGUGGACUGCACCGCUGGUCAUGAGGAGACCAGACAAUCGGGCCAAACGGUGCCAAUUGUUUGGCUCUUCAGCCAUGUCUGACAUGGCCGGAAGGACCCCCCUGAAAAUGAUGGACAGAUCCCCCCCGAAAGACAAUUCUCCAGGGAAAAGCAGGAAGAGGAAAAGCCUGGGUGGAACUUCUGAGGACUCCACGAGUCAGAAAGUGGUGAAGACCCAGCCCUCCAUAGCAGAUAUCGAGAAUGUUUUGGACAGUGACCGGACAGACCUUAUUGGUGACUUCUCCAAGAGUUAUUUGUUUGACACUGUCGAAGGGAAACAUCAAGAUUUAAAAUAUAUCGACGCAGAAAUGAUUGUGUCUGUGCUUACUGGGAAAUUUGAGAACUUCAUCAAGCAAUGUGUGAUAAUUGACUGUCGGUACCCCUAUGAGUAUGAAGGGGGACAUAUCAAGGGUGCCAUAAACCUCCACAUGGAGAAGGAUGUGGAGGACUACUUGCUGAAGAAGCCAAUCCAACCCUCAGAGAACAAACGGGUGAUAGUGGUGUUCCACUGUGAGUUCUCUUCGGAGCGAGGCCCUCGGAUGUGCAGGUUUGUGAGGGAGCAGGACAGACUGAACAAUGAGUACCCCAACCUGUACUACCCAGAGCUGUAUGUGCUCAAGGGGGGCUACAAGGAUUUCUUCUCAAGAUGCCAGAGCUUCUGUGAGCCCCAGAGCUACCGCCCGAUGCACCACAAGGACUUUAAGGAGGACCUGAAGAGGUUUCGCACCAAAAGCCGAACCUGGGCUGGAGAGAAGAGCAAGAGGGAGAUGUACAGUCGCCUGAAGAAGCUUUGA